AUGCAAGUCGUAGUGACGGAGGCUGAUGAAGAUGCUCACGAAGCUCAUCACGUGGAGAUCGUGUUCCGUGACGAAUACCUAGCACGCGCGGAUAUGUGGCGCAUGGCCAUUGCCGAGCUCAGCAAGCGUACCGUCUACCGUGGUCAACGACUACUUUUCAUGGGUACCAUCAAGGCCACGAUCAAGCACAUAUAUAUCAAUGGCCAGUCUGUCCAUUCGGGGUACUUCUCGCCAAAAUCGAAGCCCAUCUUUCGCAGCGAAUCUGCACGAUACACAUUGUUCAUCCAAAUGUCCAGAGAGAUGUGGGAUUUCGAUACCGAAGGCGCUGGCGAGAUAAUGUUCAACAAGGUUGUCAGUGGCUUCCUUCCAGACCUCUUCAAAAGGUGGUUGAGGAUCAAUGCGCGACACUUGGUCACCAUCAUACUGUUUACGAGGAUGCAAUAUGAUGGAGAGCUCUUAGCAGAUCAGCCUGAGGGGACGACGAGCAACAUGUCCUCGGAAUCGCAUUCGGGCACGUUUAGAGAUUACUACAGAGUGGUCGUGAGCGAUAUGGCCAGCGGGGAUUGGAUCAACAUCCUGUAUCAGCUCAAGAAAGAGUUCAGGAUGUUUCUCCGUGAAGUGUCUCUGGUCCGUAAGCCAGUAAAGCCUGCUUCGGGGGACGACGAGUCAAGCUCUGAAGACACAGCUACUGAUAUUGUUAUAGCUGGUCGACCUUCAUCCGCAAGUCAAGGUAAUAUACUGGAAGCCAUCAAUCUGGCUGCAGCCCAGUUCGCGAAGGAUUACAUCGAUCGAGACCUUGUUCGAACGGGUAUCUCAGUCAUCGUUGUUACUCCAGGUACUGGCGUCUUUGAGGUCGACUACAACAUGCUCAAACUUACUACGGAUACUCUUAUUGGAUCAGGUAUCGGUAUUGACCUCGUGUGUCUCUCGCCGAUGCCUCUCCAUUCCGUACCCUUGUUCAAGUACCAAACACCUCGCUCAGUGUCCGAUAUGAAGGCUGAGCACGACAAAGAGCGCCACGGGGCCGCGAGCAUGUCGCGCACAGAGGAAGAUCAAACUCCACGCCAAAGCCAACCAGAUUUCGGCUCUAUGUCACGCGCGUCCACUGUCCGACGCAUACCGACAGACAACUCCCUUGACUCGUCAGACGGAUGGAGAUUCGCAAUGCCGUAUUGGGUGGACGUCUCCUUCUGGUCCGGAACAUCUGAAGAGAUAUUGGAACUCACAAAGCCACGAAAGGCUGACAAGAUCGUGAAAAAGUCGCGCAAGAAGGGUCGUAUCUUUUCUCUACGUUGUCGUUUGUAUGAGCUGCAAAUGAUGGGCGUUAUGGAGAAUGAGCUGGGCGACAUUGCGAUUCCCUACCUAGAAGAAGAUCCAAUGUACCCGCAUCAUCUGCGCGAAUUGUUUGAGACCAACGAAGAGGGUGUUCGAACUGCGCAAGCAGUCAAGCCUUCCGCAGCUGCAGCGGGCUCAUAUUCUUCGCGAGGUGACAAAGAAUACACCGACGACCAGCUGGACGAGACAAGAGCUGCCCAAAAGGCCUGGAUGGAGGCAUACGAUGGCGGAGUCUUUUCCCCUCUUAUGGAAAGACACUCUACUACGUUGAACCAACUCCAGGUUCAGAAGCGAAGGCUAAGCGACGCCAUCACAAGUGGAUCCCCGGAGCUGUCGCGAAGUCUGCGUCUGUCUUCCUCUUUCCGCAGCACUGCCCCGUCACUUGGACAGUCAGCUCGGCCUCCGCCAGAAACAAAUUUUCCGCAACUCAUGCAUGAAAGAUCUAAAGAUCUUGAAAGCCAAUCUCCUCGAGGAAGUACAUACCGGAUGCCUGAUUUCAAAGGCGACGGAUUGCCACGAGCCGAUAUAUUGCGGCGGCAGAACAACAUGACCAAGGGCAUCGUUGGAACUGAUCGCCCAACGGCACAUAGGAGAAGUGGCUCCGGAGAUUCCCAAGAUCAUCGUAGAGCUAUGCACGUGAAGCCAAACAAUUCCCCAGCUCCGAGUCGAAGGUCGUCUCCUCCAAGGCGAGCCGGACUCUUGCCUAUGACUAGUGCUGGGACCGCUGCAACAACCCAGCCAGAACUGAAAAGUAGACCUUCAAAUUGGUUCUUGAGGCAGAUGAGCUUCGGUGGAAAAGCUGCGCCAGCUAAACCGACUCUUGGGGACGCCACCAUCGACAUCAGUCAGGGUAAAGUGAAGCCUGCAAUGCUGACUGUUGAGAAGAAUCAAAAGGGUGCUAUCGCUGAAAGACUGGCGAGCACUCGUAACACUUCUGCAGGUAAGCCAUCACAGCCGAUUGCAAUUAAACCUGCAUCGCGAGCAGGUCCCACAUCGGCUGAGUCACUGGCCUCCAAUCGCGCAAGCCGUUCGAUCGAGACGGUUAGGGGUGCGCAAUCCGACCGAUCCACCGUCCCUUCGCAACCUGGUUCAGUCGUGAGAGAUCCUGGAUCUACAUUUUUACUUGCAGGAGCGAGAGGGGCAGGCGAGCACGUUGGACUAAAACCGGAUUUGUCUUCUAGCGCAGGCGCUAGAGAUGCUCCACGUACUCUGUCGCCAACAAGUGCGAUCGCUCCUUGGGCAGUCCUGGUCAAUCCUUGCAACCCGAAGAAAAACAUCAUAAGCUCCAAAAACCAAUAUCGGCGUUGGCACCACGUCUUCCCUAGGACCUUGAGGGCAGGUACAGUAAAGUGGAGAUCUUUGUGUUCACCUGCUGCAGUACCUUUAACGCAUGAGUGGUUCCCAUCUGUUGAACAAAUAGCAACGCAAUACAACGAAGGCCCAUAUAAGAUUACGCAAAAUGAGGAUGACGACAUACUGGAAGCACCGAAGAGCCGAGAGUCUCUCAUCAAAGAGUUGAUUGCCUUUCGCCUCUCGCACGGAUUCCAGAUCAUUGUUGGCUCUUCCGUAGCUGAGUUUUCUGGGCGACAAGAGAAGUCUCUCGCUAGCAUUCUCGAUCCUGAAUACAUGUCCAGUGAUGGAGAUACUGUUUUCAUGAGCGUCGGAAACAAUAUCCACCAGCUGGUAUGUGUAGCCGGAGGAGAGGUCGAGGUAAGGAGAUACAACAGGAAACCGACUACGGCCUUGGAGUCAUCUGCUGGUAUUGAUACACCCUUUCCAUAUAAGCCUUUCAUCCGCACUGCGUUUGAGGAUACCUAUGAUCCUCGAGAGAUUGUGCUGCGUCCACCACGGAGGGAAUACAACUGGAACAUCAUUGAUACCUUCUUGGCCGGCUAUCACGACGAGUUUUCCGAAGUCCUGCGCUUCUGGCGAGCUCGAUUCGUGCUCAUACCAGUCGACAUACCAGCUAUGCAUCGCAGGCCGUUGCCUGUGCAAGACUCACCCGAAGAGAUACGUCUCGAGGGCAUUCGUAAGCUUACCCAGCUAUGGCAGAAGUUUCGCUAUAUUCCCCCAGAAGAGCGCUACUUCCAGCCAGCAUCCGUCUUGAAGCAAAAGGACCCAAAUCCGCUUGCGAUUGAGUAUCACACACGCGAUCCUUCGGCGGUUGUUGCAGCCGGUCCAGACCACUCUUUACUGAAUGAUACCGACAGCGAAUUCCAGACUUCCAUCUUCUCGGAUGCGGAAAAGUAUCACACAUCCAGUAUAGACCUCAAGAAGCUUGCGGAAGAUCUCCAGGGCGAAAAAGGAAUUCAAAUGCUUGAUCGUCGGUGGCAUCUGAAGUUGCACUACAAUUGUUUCUUGGGGUUUGACCUUACCAACUGGCUACUUUCCAACUUCAAGGAUAUCGAAACCCGAGACGAGGCGGUGGAAUUCGGUAACGAGCUGAUGAAGAAAGGUCUCUUCCAGCACGUACAAGGGCGGCAUCAAUUCCGAGAUGGCAACUUCUUCUUCCAGAUUGCAGCAGAGUACAGGGCGCCGCGAGCCGAAUCUCGAACAGGGUGGUUUGGCAUGAGGAAGACAGACAAGUCUGUUCCUUCCACCCCACUUGCGGAGGCGCCUCGGACGUCGCCCUUGAUAUCGAAAAACAUCAAGUCCCGUCCCGGUACCGCGGAUUCUUCGUCCAACAGCUCAGGUUCACUCAAAGAGGGGGAAAAGACCCCAACGCGCGGUGAACCGCAUAAGCGAAAAGUCAUCAUGUCACGCGUCAUGCGCUAUGAUGUCGAUCCCAGAAAGCGUUCGUAUCGGCCUGAAAUCAUUUCACUACACUACGACCGAUUGCACAAUCCCGACAAUUGUUAUCAUAUCCGCAUUGACUGGAUGAACGUCACGGCGAAACUCAUUGAGGAUGCUAUCGUCACCUGGGCUACGAGUGUGGAGAAGUACGGCUUGAAGCUGGUAGAGGUACCCAUCGCUGAGGUAGCGGAUAUUAUCGACCAUCAUCCUUUCCGUUCGCCCUAUGCAGUCAAACUUGCAUUACAGCCUCCCCAGGUUCAGCCUGAGGCAGUAUGGGACUCAACGAGCUUUUCCCCGCAGUACCCCAAAGCUGACAAGUUUGCUUAUCAUAAGCUUCUACUGCGGAGGCUGAACUUUGUUCUGGAUAUGGAGGCUGCGAGUGCCUUUCCGCCCGACGUUGAAGUCACUUAUUCUUGGGGCACACCCGACUACAAAUACACGCAGUUCAUACAUAAGAGUGGAGGCUUACUCGCUCAGAUCACUGACGAUGGGAACUUCCUCCUGCUAGCCAACAGGCUUGCGCAUAAUCGUGCCAAAGACAACGGUAGGAUACGGCCUGUAGAUCCUUAUGAACACAAGAAAGCCACGACAGAUGGAAGUCAAAGCAGCCGUCUACCCUCGACACCCGCGGUAGAGCGUGGAAACCCGCAUCGUAGUCCGUUUGCAAGUCCUUUGGCACGACCAGUCCAAGACGCCAGUCUCCUCCACACCGCGCUCACGUUUCACGAUCCCAAAUCAUCAGCAGCAACUACUCCAGCUUCUGCGUCUAACAUAUCGCUUUCUCCCGAGCAAGUCAAAGAUGAAGUAGAAGCCUUUUGCUCGAACGCUUCACUCCUCUCCAGCUUUUACGCUGACGCUUUCCGCCACGCGCCGUCUCCUUCUCCACGAAUCUUGCCUGUAGGGGAAGACAAGAUACCAAGCUUGGGGCUGCCACCCGCAAUCAGUAUUCGGGAUGCCAGUCCUGCGGCAGGAGGCUGGACGCUGAGUAGUACGUUUGGAGGGCCUAGUGGCAUAGCUGGUCGCAGACAGGGCAGCGAGGGAAGCAUGUAUAAUAUGGGGAAGAGAGGAAGUAUAGUCGACGGCAUGGAUAGAGCACCCAGGCGACAGGAUAGCCAGGGAAGUGCUGGAGCUGGAGUAUAA